CGUCAUUGUACAUUAUAAUCUAUAUGUACACGAAUAUCCCAAGCUGGCAACGACUGAGAGCGACAAUAUUUGGCUAGAUAUUUAAAGAAUAAUUAAUUUCGUUUGUAGUGCUCUACCUGCCGUACGUGCAAACAGUGCCACCGAUGACUCGAAGUUAUAAUUAGAUGAAUUUUAGAUAAAUAUUGUGAUAUUUACCAAUUUAGGUAUUCCACCUGGAGUUUAUUUCACCGAUACGCCCAAGUUACGCCAUCAAGAAACAUCGACAGUUAAAAUAUACUCGAAAACAGCCAUGAUGGAAUCAAUUUGAGCGUGAUACUGGCCCCGUGGGCACCUGAACCCCCGAGAGCGACCCUCCGCUUGUCGUCUUUGGACUUGAUUAGAGGCCCGUCCCCCGGGUUCCAUUAUUUUAGAACUGAAGUCAUUUGUCCCAAGGAAUUAAACGGCGACCCGGGAUAUUGUAUGUGGGCUGCAAGUAAUGAUGAACAGAUGAAUUGGAAAUGAAACUAUGACACGAGGUUCUCUAUCUGGACCAGAGGACUGACAAACGGAUGAAUUUGAGCCAUGUAGACGGGAUAUUGUGUGGGAUCGUCCUGUCGAGUCGAAGGAUACGUUUCUCACGAUGGAAUUAGUGUAUAGUGCGGAAUGUAUUAUAUCAUUUUGGACUCUACUGCAAAUAACCCAUGUCCAAGGAAGCAACACGACGUCGUCGUCAGGCUCUUCCGGCGCGAGUUACGACGCCUCAAUCAAGCUCAUCGCUACUAUAUGCAUUGUAAUCGCAGCCAUUAUCAUUUCUGUUGUGGUUGCAAAGAUAGCUGACAUGUGUUACGACCGACAUGUACUACGUGACGAUGCUAGUGACAUAAGCGAUCAUACCAAGGGUCUCAUACGAGCACGAUUGGCAAUCAUUCAGAUGAAGAAGAAAGAAAAACCUAAAAAAGGCACGAUGGGCAUGCUUCGGAUCUGGUCGGCUAAAACUAAAGGAUCGAACCAACAACCGACACCCAAUAGCAAUGCCAGUAAGGAGAGAAGUGUUGUGAUAAACGUAGGUGAAGCGCCAAAGGCAAACAAAGAUGUUGAAAAAUACUCACCGAAGUUAGAUAACAAGUCACACUCUACAGUGCAAAACAGUACAGUUUCUGUUGAAGCUAAGAAACAAGGUGUUUCGAAAUCUCAGAAUUCGAAAAAAGUUGCCAAAUCUUCCGUGCCGCCUAAGACUCCAUCAAAAGCUAAUAAAAACGAUAAGGGAGGGGGAGCGAGAAAGCAGGCGGCUUCCAAUGAUAAACGUGUAACAUUUAGGGAAGAGAAAAAUGUGAUGGAGAUUCAGAGUGUUUCAACAUUAGGAGCCCAAUGUUGAUGCAUGCCUGUAUUUAGCUAGGCUCGAUAAUUACUGUAUAAGACUGUUUCUGAAUAAAACUUAUCUUAAUUGUUAUCAGCUUCUCCAUUAGUGGACUGGUUUCAGGGACAGAGAUUGUUUCUUGAACGAAAUCGUUUUAACGACAGUGAGAACACCGAAAAAACUUUCAGAAUGAGAAAGUAUAGUUCUCUCCUGUGGAUGUUACUUCGAAUGGUGUUCAACUUACAAUCGAGGUGUGAAACAACAAUAAAUAUCUAACUAUAGAUGAUAUUAAGGCCAAAAUAUAAAUACUACCAGAUUGCUAAAUGAGUGAUCCCGCCAAAACGGGGACAAGAAUCUUACCUAUGUGAUUUUACAGCCAGUAUCAAAAUACAUUAACAUAAGUGUUACUAUUCGAUGGUAAAAAGAAAAAGUCGAAUUACGUAAAUGGAUUUUACCUCGUAUUUGUGUGACCACAGUUUUUCAUCAUCGUUUGGAUAUCAACCAAAGACCUAACAUACCUGUUUUCCUCCAAUUUAGGGUUUUUAUAUUGAAAAUGACACAUCCCUCAUUGACGUAAUAUAUCCGUACCCUGCCAGUUGUAUUGAUGAUAUAUAUGAGGUCAUGUUUGCGGUUGAGAGACUUUCUCUAACAUCUUCCAUCAUAGUUUGUUAUUGUUACCGUGUUGUUCAAAAACCGCCUGAUAAGGCAUAUAUGAGAGGUUAUUGGCAUGAUACGUUGAUAUUGAUUAAUUAUCAUAGUAAAUGUAUUUUUAUAGACCAUUACCUGCCCUUUCGCAUUUUUAUUUAUGGCUUGAACAGAUCAGAUGAUUUUUUUUACCAUUCUUCCAUAUUACUUACUGUAAACGCACAUAGUUUAGCGGUUAUCGUAUUUUAGAAUUUUUUCCGCACCAGACCCUUUGGGCUUGAUUUUAAUUGCGCCAAAUACAUAUUCAUUCCCUGGCCCAUUUCCUAUGGCAAACAAUAUUGGUGCGGUUAUCCAUCAUUUCACUAAUCUGCUAACCGUUUGCAAUGCGCAAAAUUUAAGUGCGCGAAAAUUAGGUCAUUUACAGUAUAAAAAAGAUUAUAUUACGACGAGAGCAGUUCUUUAAAAUGUGUAAAAUGUAUGUAAGUUUAUCAUCAAAGAAAACUACAAUCUCAUUAUCUUUUACUGAAAGAGAAUGUGCAGUGAGAGAAAUAAUGAAAAGUCAUGAAUGUGGAUUUGUUUAGAUAGAAAAAGUGUUCUAUUGAACGUUUUGCGUCUAUCAAUAUAUUUUACUGUUAAUGUUUCCGAAAUUUGUGAUUUGAUGAAAAUGAGAUUUUGUAAAUCCCUAUAUUGUCACUGUUUUACGACAACCAAUCUGCUAAUGACAAGUUAGUACUUUAAUGGAUUGGUUAGGAAUUAAAUUAUGCCACGUGUUGUUUUUAAUGAAAA